AUGUCAAGUCACGACAAUCACCACACGAGGCGAGCAGCGAUCAAUCAAUCUUCGAUCUCGCAGGGAUUGCUGGCUAGUCGGUUAGUCAUCUAUAAGACGAAGCAGUGGUUCAGCCAUUUUCCACGGCGGAUCAGCUCGGUAACCUUGAGACAUGUCCAGUCACUUGAUUCAUCCCACCGGGGCGAUGGCGAUGGCGAUGGCGACGAUGGCAGCGAACAUCCAGUCGGGCCAAAAUCUCCCUCGCAAAUCGUCGGCAUCACCCUCUCGUCUUCCUCAGCCAUGCAGGUUUGA